GAGUUAGUUGCGUAAUCUGUUUCACAAGCAUUGUGUGUCCCGCUGUUAGCUUACAUUAAACUUUAAAGGCGGUUAUGUGGCUUUAAAGCUCAAAUUUAUAGUUUUAUAUUACAGACGUUCAGGAGCAGCUUCCGCUUAUGUUGUUGUUUUGUGUUAUUAAAGCGACGCUGUGACUGGGAGAGUGAAUAUAGCAGCCAGUUAGCUCCACUAGAGGCUAAUCAGAAACAGCUAACCGGAAGAAAAUGAACCAUAAAAGUAAGAAGAGAAUUAAAGAAGCGAAGCGGAGUGCCAGGCCAGAGCUUAAAGACUCCCUAGACUGGAUAAAACACGGUUAUUACGAGAACUUUGACGUGUCACACGGAACCGUGAAGGACAACGUGGAGCGGGUGGAUGCCCUCCGUCUUUCCCCAGAGGAGUUCAUCUCGCGCUUCGAGCGGCCCUACAAACCCGUCGUCCUCCUGAACUGUCAGGAGAGCUGGCCCGCUCGCGAGAAAUGGACUCUGGAGCGCCUCAAACGCAAAUACCGAAACCAGAAGUUCAAAUGUGGGGAGGACAACGACGGCUACUCCGUGAAGAUGAAGAUGAAGUACUACGUGGAAUACCUGGAGUCCACCAAAGACGACAGCCCGCUCUACAUCUUCGACAGCAGCUACGGCGAGCACGCCAAGAGGCGGAAGCUGCUGGAGGACUACGAGGUGCCGCUGUUCUUCAGGGACGACCUGUUCCAGUUUGCAGGGGAGAAACGGAGGCCUCCUUACAGGUGGUUCGUGAUGGGUCCGGGACGCUCCGGCACCGGCAUCCACAUCGACCCGCUCGGUACCAGCGCCUGGAACGCUCUGGUUCAGGGCCACAAGAGGUGGUGCCUGUUCCCCACCAACACGCCGCGGGAGCUGAUCAAAGUGAGCCGGGAGGACGGGGGGAACCAGCAGGACGAGGCUAUCACCUGGUUCAGCGUGAUCUACCCCCGGACCCAGCAGCCCACCUGGCCUCAGGAGUUCAGACCGCUGGAGAUCCUGCAGAGGCCCGGGGAGACCGUGUUCGUUCCGGGUGGAUGGUGGCACGUCGUCCUCAACUUGGACACGACGAUCGCCGUCACUCAGAACUUUGCCAGCACCACUAACUUCCCCAUCGUUUGGCACAAAACCGUCCGAGGGCGACCCAAACUGUCCAGGAAGUGGUACCGGGUUCUAAAGCAGGAGCGUCCGGACCUGGCGGCGCUGGCAGACAAGGUGGACCUUCAGGAGUCGACGGGCAUCGCGUCCGACAGCUCCAGUGACUCCUCAUCCUCGUCUUCGUCCAGCUCAUCCGACUCGGAUUCUGAUGGGGAGUCGGGCUCCGAAGGCGAAGCCUCGUCCCACCGCAGGAAGAAGAGGCGGACCUGCGGCAUGACGGCCAACGGAGACACCAGCAGCCAGGACGACUGCGCCAGCAAGGAGCGCUGCUCGUCACGGUGACCUGCGGGGGGGGGGUCCUGCUGGCUGAGGAGAUA